AAAAAAUAUGGAACUUACGACCUGAGGCUAAAGCGGGAAUUCUUCUAGGGGUUCCCCCCCCCCCUCCUCUAAAUUCCCCAUCUGUGAUUAUUUGGCAUCCCUUUAGCUCUUGGCUGAGCGGUCGACGAAGGAGUGCGUGUUAUAUGUAGCGAGAACGGCGUGACGCUCAAUGCAGGCUCAGUGCCCGCGCAGACGUCGUUGCGGCCAGUUGUUUUUCCUUCGUCGUUGUAUACAUUCGUAUUCAUACCUUUGUGAGUUGUGUAAACGGUGAAUAUGUAUAAGAAAAGCAGAGUGGAAGAAUCCAGCCACGUGUGCGACGAACCGUCUCCGAGAGUACGAUGAAUACAACGACGGCCAAAAUCUUCGAUUAGAUAGACAUACUCGAAGAAUUCAUAUUCGAACGCUGGAUCGACAAGCCGAUUGUUCUUCUCACUACAAUCGUCCAGUGUGCCUAAUUUUUCUACUACUAUAGCAAUUGACAGAAUUUAAAAAAGCAAAAAUAAUAGAAAAAUAUUAAGAAUUAUUCAGACGUCUUGAGAAUCGCAAAAAGGCACUUGAAGAUAAAUAUCAAGUGGUGACAGGCGAUCUAGCAGCUGACAUCUUACUUUUUUAAGAGCCUCAUCGAAGACUUGCGAAAUAAAUAAACACGAUUGAUCGUGGGAAUUGAUGAUAUUUGCAAAAAAAGCUGAUACAAGGAGAUACGCGAAGUGUUAAUUUCACUGUGAUUGAAAUCGCGGCUGAUAAUCUCGAUAUCAAAAGCUGUCAAUUUUCACUACUUCAGUUCAAUAUCGCCCGAUUUUUGAUGAUAAUUGAUAAGAUAUACUGAAACUGCAAAUUGUUGAAGAGAAAAUAAAAGUGUUCUUCAUUACACACAAAUUAAAAAAAAAAAAAAUCGAUUCAAACGUCGAAUACAAGUGAUACGUGUGUUAAUAAUCGUGUGGUGGAUAAGCUAAUCUAAUCGAUCGUUUCAUCGCGCUGGUUCAAGUAAUUUGCGGCGAGUUAAUGCUGCGCAUAAGGACUGAUGGAUUCAACGAAAACCAAAUCGAAGCCGAAUCCAAGGGAGAAGGCGAACAUUCUAUCGAUAUUACUAUGGUGGUGGACUAUCAGUUUAUUCAAGACAGGGUACAAGAAAGUUCUAGAAUCAGAGGACUUGUUUGACCCUCUGAAAGUCGACCGAUCGAAUCUGCUCGGAGAUCGGUUAGAAAAACGAUGGAAAAUCGAACUGGAAAAUUCGAAGAAAUGGAAACGCAAUCCGAGUUUGCUGAAGACCAUUUUCCGUACAUUCUUGUGGGAGUACUUCUUGCUCGGAAUGAUUCAGAUACUCAACGAGUUUGUGAUAAGAUUGGGCACGCCGUUGCUGCUGGGUGGUCUCUUGCGCUACUUCCGGAAGGACUCGGUCGAAUCGUACGAAAACGCUCUUUGGUACGCGGCUGGAAUAUGUAUAGCAACCGGCAUGAACGUGAUAAGCGGCAAUCAAACCAUUUUCGGAGCUUUUCACGUUGGCGCCAAGGUCCGCGUGGCCGUCUGUUCCGUGGUGUACAGAAAGGCUCUGCGUCUGAGCAAGACUGCGCUGGGCGAGACAGCACCGGGAAAAGUUGUCAAUCUGGUGGCUAACGAUGUCAAUAGAUUUGAUCUCGUCUCCAUUUUUAUCCAUCACAUGUGGUCGGCGCCUCUAUCCGCCCUGAUAGUGGCUUACAUCCUGUAUCAGGAGGUCGGCUAUGCCGGUCUCAUCGGUAUCGCCGCUAUCUUCACGGUUGUGCCGAUCCAAUCUUACACCGGCAAGCUGUCGUCCAAGUUUCGUCUGCAGACAGCAAUCAAGACCGACGAGCGAGUUCGGCUGAUGGACGAGAUUAUUUCCGGGGUGCAGGUGAUCAAAAUGUACGCGUGGGAGAAGCCGUUCUGUGCGAUGGUCGAGCUGGCUCGUAAGCUCGAGUUACGAGUGGUGACCAAGAGCUCGUACAUCCGUGGCAUCUACAUGACUUUCAAUCUCUUCACGACUCGAAUGGCGCUCUACUGCACCCUCGUCACCAUGCUGAUGUUUGGCAACGAGAUCACCGCCGAUAAAGUCUUCGUCGUUUCGUCCUACUUCAACAUUCUUGCGCAGACUAUGACUGGCAUGUUUGUGCGCGGCUUCGCCGAGCUGGCCGAGUGUAUGGUGGCUAUACGCAGGCUUCAGAGUUUCCUCCUGUUCGAUGAGUUCCAGAACAACAGCAUCUCUAAGGCGGCCUCCGACUAUUCUAGCCUCUGUUCUGAUUACAAGCAAACCGUCUACAAGCAGGAGGAGAGGAACCAAGAGUUGCCCUUCAUAGACGACGAUGUCGAGGAAAAUUAUGAAAACUUAGACGAAAAUAAUGAUUACAAAAAGCAGAACGGAUUAAUGAUCGUUGCUAGCGAGUUGCUACAGAACACCGUUGAUCUUAUUGAGGAAAAGAAGCGGUUAUCCACGUGCAACGAUGACAGUUGUGCCAUCAAAAUGAUCAAUGUAACUGCCAAAUGGGAGACUAAGCAUUCGCAAAAUAUCUUGGAGGAUUUGAAUCUGGAAAUGAAGAAGGGCAAGCUGUACGCCGUGAUUGGCAUGGUGGGCAGCGGUAAGAGCUCUCUUCUGUCUGCGAUUCUAGGUGAGAUCACCGUGACGGGAGGUCAAAUCAAGAUCAACGGCAGCAUCAGCUAUGCCGGUCAAGAAGCCUGGGUAUUUGGUGCCACUGUUCGACAGAACAUACUCUUCGGACAACCUUAUGAGCGCCACCGAUAUCAAAAGGUGGUUAAGGCUUGCGCCCUGCUGCGCGAUUUUAAACAGUUCCCGCAGGGCGACCAAACCAUAGUAGGCGAACGUGGCAGCUCAUUGUCUGGGGGACAGAAAGCCAGGAUAAAUCUGGCCAGGGCCCUGUACAGACAGUCGGACAUCUACCUCUUGGAUGAUCCUUUAAGUGCGGUCGACGCACACGUCAGCAAACAUUUGUUUCAAGAAUGUAUUCAGAGAUACCUAGCCGAUAAGACUAGGAUCUUGGCGACGCAUCAGCUGCAAUACAUAAAGGGAGUGGACGCCAUUAUAUUGCUCGAACAAGGAAGAAUAAAGUACUUUUCACAUUAUCAAGAUUUAUUGGAGUAUCGACCCGAGUACGGAGUACUCUUGGCAGCGGAGAACGAGAUCGAUGACUCGUCUUUAGAAAAGAGCAUGAACAUGAGACGAAAGUUUUCCUCCGCGAGUAUUAGAAGUCGUACUCCGGACGCCAGUAGUGGUGCCACAGAUGACGAAGAGGAAGACGAAGAUGAAGGGCAACUAAACAAUGGUCUUGAGGGAACAUCACGUGGUAUAGUUAAAGGAUCUAUAUUUAUCAAGUUCUUCCAAACUGGUGCCAAUUUAUACAUGGCCUCCAUUGUUCUAUUGCUGUUCAUCCUCACGCAAUUUAUUGUCAGUCUCAGCGACUUCUUUGUGCCUUUCUUAGUCAAUACUGUGGAAAAUCAAAAAUAUCUAGCCAAGCAACAUAGCUUGAAUCAAACGGAUAUUUACGAGAACAUAACAACGAAUCAUUUAGGUACUAUUUUCUCGGAUGAUGAGGAUAUGAUGACAUAUAUCUACAUCUACACAGGCAUUGUGCUGGGCAUUUUCAUUAUCGGUAUUACCAGGUCGCUAUUUUUUUAUAAAACGUGCAUGACUUGUAGUCAGCGUUUGCACGAUAUGAUGUUCAGUGCGUUAAUUCGCACGGGAAUGCGAUUCUUCGACACCAAUCCUAGCGGUAGGAUAUUAAACCGGUUCUCCAAGGACAUGGGCACUAUCGACGAAUUAUUACCCAAGGCUUGCCUGGAUGCCGGGCAGAUGAACAUGAUGAUGUUCGGCUCGCUGAUAGUAACCUGCAUAGUCAAUCCCAUCUUCUUGGUACCCAUCGUGUUUAUUAGCAUAAUAUUUUACUGGAUCCGCAAAGUUUAUCUUAAGACCAGUAAAAAUGUCAAGCGACUGGAAGGAAUAUCUCGUUCGCCAGUAUUUACUCAUCUAAAUGCCACGUUGAACGGUUUGACAACUAUCAGAGCGUACUGCGCUCAAAACAUACUCAAGCAAGAAUUUGACAAGUUGCAAGAUGUACACACGUCCACAGUUUAUAUGUAUAUCGUCACUAGCACAGCAUUCGGAUUUACUCUGGAUAUAUUCUGUUUCUUUUUCAUUUCGCUUGUCACCUUUAGCUUUUUGCUAUUUAAUCGAUCAUUUUCUGGUGGCGAGGUUGGAUUGGCUAUCACUCAGAUAAUGGCAAUGACCGGAAUAAUUCAGUGGGGAAUGCGACAGAGCGCCGAGGUGACGAAUCAGAUGAUGGCGGUGGAACGCGUGCUGGAAUACAUUCAACUUGCGGCAGAACCGAAUUUAAGAGAUAGAGGAACGUAUCUAAAGAAGAAAGACAAGGAAAAUCUGGCAUUGCCGGAUAAUGCACCCAAGGGCUGGCCUAAUGACGGUAGCAUCGUAUUCAAAAAUGUUUAUAUGCGUUACUCAGAUGACGAUCCGCCUGUUCUUAAGAGCUUGAACAUGGUGAUCUAUCCCGGGGAGAAGGUUGGUAUUGUGGGAAGAACUGGUGCCGGAAAAUCAUCAUUGAUAGCAGCUCUAUUUCGAUUGGCGAAAGUGGAGGGAAUUAUUGAGAUCGAUGGCAUAAACACGGGCUUGAUCGCCUUGGAGGAUUUGCGACGCAAAAUAUCCAUCAUCCCUCAAGAUCCUGUAUUAUUCUCAGGCACUCUAAGACGUAAUCUAGAUCCCUUCGAUGAAUUCCCCGACAGGGACUUGUGGGAAGCACUCGAAGAGGUUGAGUUGAAGGACGCGGUCGGCAUUAACAACGGGAAUGGUUUGGAUAGUCGCGUGUUUGACAGAGGCAGCAAUUACAGUGUCGGUCAAAGGCAAUUGGUAUGCUUAGCGCGAGCCAUUCUGAGAAACAAUCGCAUAUUGAUGCUGGAUGAGGCGACCGCGAACGUCGAUCCGCAUACCGACGCGCUGAUCCAACGCACCAUCAGAAAAAAGUUUGCGGCCUGCACGAUGCUCACGGUUGCGCAUCGAUUAAACACUAUAAUGGAUAGCGAUAAGGUUCUGGUGAUGGAUAAGGGUCGUAUGGCUGAAUACGAUCACCCUCAUAUAUUAUUGCAAAACAGCUACAGUCAAUUCACUUCGUUGGUAAGAGAAACCGGUCCAGGCAUGUACGACCAACUCCUCAAGAUAGCUAAGCAAUCGUAUGUAAACAAAUAUGGAGAAACAUGAUGAAACAUGGAUUUAUGAAAAUAAAUAUUUGUUAAUUGAAUUUUUUUUUGAUUCUCCGCUUUUUAUACUCAAUCGAGCUCAAAGCAUGGGUCGUUCAAUAUAUGUGAUAUGAUAUAUCUGUAAUAUAGAAAGAACAAAAAGAGUAUAUGUAAAGAAGACGUUAUUGUAUUUGCAUGCAGACAAGUUUCACUUAUAUUUUCUACAAGUUUAAGAAAAUUGUUGUAUGCCUUUCUUCGGAACAUUCUUGUGUAGACACGAUACUUCUCAUAAGUAUUAUAAUGCGUAUCAGCGUUUACAGAGAAUCAUAUUUUUGCAUGUCAUGUAUUUAAUGAUCGUUUUGUUAGAUUAUUCUCACUAUCAAGUUUUUUCAUAUGAUGAUCACAGUAAUACGUAUUAUAUUUCUUUAUAUUCAAGCUUUUACUUAUAUUUUUAGAAAUCAUAAAUAUUUCUAAAUCUCUUAGUAAAAUGAGCGUAUAUAAAUUUAAUUUGGUCAGCGAGGUAACGCAAAGUUUGUUUUAAAAACAUGGGUUUAUACACUUAACAAUAAGAUAAUAUUUAUAUAUUGUGAACAUUUCAUCGCAUUAUCAUAACAUUCAGCACAUGUAUAAAGUAGAAUCUAAAAAUGAAAAUUGCUAUAUAAUUUGUGAUUUCAACAAUUUAAAUAAAUUUAUUUAUAUCAAAGCCAAUAAAAUAUUUAUUGAAAAUAAUAGUUAAUAACAGUUAUAAUUUAUAUCGAUUAUAUCGAUAUAAAAUAUUAUAUCGAUUUCUCUCUCUCUCUCUCUCUUUCUCUCUUUCAAUCUGUGAUUUUUUCUCAGCAAAGAUUGCAUGGCGGCUCUAAUGAAAGAUUUAUAGUUCGCGGUAUCGCAAAUAUAUAAUUAUAAUCGACACCAAAGAAAUAUUCCGAACUAAACUCAGAUACUUAACAAAACAAUAUAUACUUAAUUUUUUUACUUGUUGUAAUUAUACGUUGUAAUUAUUGUUAUCACAUUUAUUAAAGCAUAAAAAUAAGCUCAAUAUUUUUGUAAACUGCAUUUACAGACUAUAUAUAUUGCUAUGAUGAAAGUCUCGAUAUAAUAUUAACAAGUAUUGAAGAAAAUCUACGAAUAAGUGAAAUAAUUAUACAACAGGUUUAUUAAUAAUAUCGCAGUAAUGUUAUGAUAAUAUAUUGCAAAUGUUGUUUGCUGUUAUACGUAUCUUAUUAUAUAGAAUACGGAGACUGCGUUUGCCAAGCAGAUUUUAUAUAUAAAUAUAUAAUAUAUAUUUUUUUAUAUUUAUAUAUAGUUUACUAAACUAUUACAAAAAUAUUCGUAAAUGUAUAGAUUUACGAAUUAAUUUUUACUCGUACGAAUAUCUUUGUACUCGUAAAUAAUCAUUUUUGCAUAUUUGAUGAGCUCAGGUUAGAAGUGAUUUUUUGUAAAUUACUUCAUUAUUAAUCUCUCUUCAUUAUAAUCCAAAUCUUUCCAUCUUUUUGCACGAUUAGUUAUACAAAUUCUCCUGCGCUGUAUUAUAAAUUAUGUUAAAUAAAUAUAUAGUAUAAAUUGUUAAAUACUAUGUAUAUAUAUAGUGUAAGCUUAUACGAAAUGAAUUAUGCAUAUAAAAAAUAUUGUAUAUAAAUAAAUCAAAUAAAUAAACCAAAGUACAACAAAAUAUUCAAAAAGCAGAAAAAAUAUAAAAA